GUCGAAAAAAAAGUAAAAUGUUCUUAUUUUCUGACAAUGUAACAGUAAAGUGAGAACUCAGCUUUAAAUAAAACAAUGCUACAAAUAGCGAUAUUUAUAAUCGCUGAGCUGGAACGCGGCUACACAAUUGUUUUGAUUUUUGAACAACGUCCGUUUCCAUCCAAGUCCAACCGUCAUUUCUCAUCAGUUGAAGAUUUUGAAGAACUGACGCUCUGAAAUUAUUUUAAAAUAAAUUGAAUACGAAGCAUUUUUCGUUGCAAUUUCGUGUUUUAUAAGUGAACUUAUAAUAAGCAGCAGGCUGUGACAAACUCAGAGAGCUCGAUAUAAUUUUAAAAGUGUUUUAGUGAAACUGCUAUUAUUUGCAAACAAAUAACAAAAACCGUUGGACUUUAGAAUUUGAUUUUAACUGUGUAUAAACUAAAUUAGUUGACAAUGGAGUCAACAUCAGUGACUGAGCGCUUAAACAAGCUGAGGGAGGAGAGAAUGGCCCGAGAAAAGGAGCGAAUUGCUAAGCUUCGUGAACUUAAUUUGAAGAAGUACAACAAAAACGAAGACUUCAAGAAUUCCGCUUCAAACCUCUCUGUAGUUAAUAAGUCAGUUAAAUCCGAAGUGAAUUUGAAAAAUAAUGGUGCAGGACCUGUAAAAAAUUAUAUGCAUGUGAACGGUGCUGCUAAGAGGCCUGUCUCAGUACCGAUGAAACCAAAGAAAUAUGAGGUUAAUCCAAAACCUGAAGUCAAAUUAACAUCCAACAUUCCCAAAAUGAUGAAUAAACCUAGUAUUGCUGCCAAUGUUAAUAAAAAAAAUGGCGACAUUACUCAUAAUAAGAAGCCUAUUAAUAAAACUGAGAUGAAACUCUCCACAACUGACAAAAACCCAGUCUUGGGCAAUAAACCUCAAGUUCCCCGUGUCAGUCAAUUGCAAAAACCUAAGUUGGCCAAUUUUGCUGACAAAAAGCAAAACUUUCCCAUCAGAAAGGCUGAAAGUCUAACAACAAAUGUUAAAAUCCGUCAAACUCUGGCCGUGGCCAACAAUAAACCAUCUUCGAAUUUACCUCGCAAGUCCAUGAUCCCUCAAAGUGCUUCGAAGUCAGAAUCAGUCUUUGACCGCCUUUACAAACCCAAACCGGUUCAAAAUUCUCACAAAAAUGAGAUUGAGAAACUGCAAACAGAUCCAAAUUACUUGAAAAAGGUGAUUCGGACCUCUGGAUUAAUUUUGAACAAACGGCACACAGUUUUUGAGCCAGCCAAAGCGAAGAUAGCAGUGCCAGUCCGUAGAUCAAUCUCCGCUGUCCAUUUCAAGCGGAUUGGAAAGCAGGAACUUGGCAAUUGCAUUCAUAAAUGGGCUUCCAUCGGUGACAAGUUAAAUAACAUACAUUUAAAACAUAUCAAUGAAGAUGAGAAUAUACAGGAAGAAAAAGUAGUGUCUGCGGUCAAGAGUGAGAGAAAAAAAGUCACUUUUAUGACUCCGAUGGGCAAUCUCAACACCCCUCGUCCCGAGGAAUUACAAGCCAGGUUGAAAUCUUGGCUACAAAAGCGAGGGAAAUCGCUGGAUUCCUACCAUCAUUUGCAGUGUUUCGGUAUACAUCAUUUACCGCAGACUAUUAAGUUUGACACUAAACUUUUUGAUGAGGAAAACAAGGAAAAUAUAGCGGUUGAAUCGGACAGCGAUGAUGAUUCUUACACGGAGAACAUGAAUGAGGACCCGAAGGCCAGUACGCAAAGGUGGAGGAAUGCUAGCUGUGUGACAGACAGUGAAGAUUUCAACGAUUCACAUAAUACUACUGCUACAUGCAGUGAUAUCGUUAAUUUAGAUGAAGUUGUGAUCGGUGCAUUAAAUGAUUUGACCGAGUUGCUUAAAGAGGGUUUCGACUGGGAACAAUGCGCGCGCUGGCUGCGUGCGAUACGCGAGCGUUUCCCGUCGGCUCCACAUAGCGCCGCCUACUGGGAAUGUCGCGCAGCACUCGAAGAGACGCGAGGAGAUCUGCCAGCGUCCGUGCAAUGUUGGGAGGAAGCUAUUGCUAAGGGGACUGAGCGUUCAGUAGUAGAAGCCAAUCUAGACCAGCUCCUAGAUAAAUUUAUGCAGCUGAAGAUAAGUCCGAACAGCCACGGCAAGCGGCGCCAGGUGGACCCCAAGCUAGUGGACGUCAAAAACGUAUUCAAAAGCACUAUUAUACGAUUUGCUGUUCAACAAGCGAAGUUACGCCAAUCAAAUCAGUUCGACGCGCCAAAAUAUACGGUGACUCCAGUGCGACGCAGUGCAAGGUUAAGUUCGCAUUGGAGUGCAAAACGCACCCCGCUACAAGUUUGUACCAGCGUCCGACAAGCUGACGAAGUUUUAGGAGAAAGACCAGUGUUUGUGCCAAAUGAUAGCCUAUAUGGCACUCCUUAACAUCUAAAACUCAAUAUUUUAUGGGUUAAAGCUAAAUUAUUCUGUAAAAAAGGAUGAAAAUUGUACAAUAAGGUAUAAAAAGUCAAAAGCAAAGUUUAUUUAACGAUAACAAUUAUUAGAAAUAAUGUCUAAACGCCGACCUAUUAAUUUUAGAAUAUAUAUUUGACUGGAUGAAAACAGGCCCUUUUUAUCUAAAACUAGUUGCUACCGCGCAGUUCUACUCACUCUAGUUGGCUCCUAUCGAUCAUAUCGUGACGUUUUAUAGCCGAUAAAUGGAGAAUCCAACACUAAAAGUUCAAUUCCAAAUUAUUCAAUUUGGUUCAGUAGUUCUGGAGUUCGGCAUGUUCAAACAAGCGUACUGCGUAGUUUUAUGUCUUGCUACAGAUUUCAUAUUAAUUAUUAUUGAAUUAUGUUCUCAAAUAAAUGGCUAACUAUAAUAAUUACGAUAAUGUUUUGUUGUUUAACCUUAACUAUUCUAAUGUAAAUAUCUAAUUAAUUAUGUUUUUCUUUUUGCUUUUAGUUAAGCUGACGCGUAUUGUAUACAAUAAAAUUUUAUUUCUUACACCAAAAAUAUGCUUAGAAUUAUCUUGUUUUAUCUUUCUUUUCGUGUGCGUUACCCAGGCCAGGUGUUGUCGAAAAUGGUCUUAUAGAUAAUUAGUUUUACGGCUUCUGUAACGUUGCGGACAUUUUUAAAUUUGUUGCGCUUAUAGUUUUUUAAUUAUUUCUCAAAAACAUAUUUUGCUAGGGUAACGUUACC